CACAACCCCCACUGUCCUGUACCUUCAAGGGCAAUAUUGCCAUCCCAACAACUCCAAACCCCUCGGCUCGUCUCGAACUCAAAAUGGUCGUCAAAGAAUACGUGACCUACAACCAGGUCCACAAGCUAUGUCAAGAAGCCGCACCCCGCAUCCUCGAGGACUUCAAACCUCAGCUCAUGAUCGCGAUCGGUGGUGGAGGCUACGUACCCGCAAGAAUCCUACGCUCGUUUCUGAAGCAGCCUGGGUCUCCCAAUAUCCCCAUCCAAGCCAUCGGGCUGUCCCUCUACGAAGAGCUACCUUCCACACACCCCUCUGGCAGGAACACACCCGGUGAGGCCGAGCAGCCUGGCACAAAGGUUACGCGAACGCAAUGGCUAGAUUUGACGAGCUUGGGGGAGAUGGAGAAUCUGGUUGGCAAGAGGAUUCUGAUCGUCGAUGAGGUUGACGAUACGAGGACCACACUGGAAUAUGCCGUGAAGGAGCUGGAGAAGGAUGUUGAGCUUGCGAGGCAGAAACUGGGUGGGAAGGGAGAGAAGACAGUGUUUUCGGUGUUUGUUUUGCAUAACAAAAACAAAGAGAAGAAGGGCCAGCUUCCGGAGCACAUGCUGAAUGAGAAUCGAUACUUGGCUGCUAGGACUACGGGGGAUGUUUGGAUUUGCUACCCCUGGGAAGCGACGGAUAUCGACGAGCAUGAUGAGAUGGCUAAGAAGCAGCCUGCGAAUUAGGAGCGUGCAUUUGGAGAAUUUCAUUCAGGAUACCAUUUGCCUCCAAUUUUGCGGAGCAGCGCCUCAGUCAUUAUAGCAUCAAGGUCUGUCAUCUAGACGCGGGAAUGGGUAUACCCCAACAGCUUCUCAGCUGGUUUUCACGGUCUUCUCAGCUCUCGCAGAUUUGAAUAGAUCAAUAGCCAUACGCCUCCUUGGGAUAGAAUUCUGUAUCGAAUCUGCCAUUCUACUCUACUCCUUUAUUCCCUGGUUAGUAGUUGAAGUUUAAUCUUGAUAUGCUGAGUGUUCAGCAGAUCAUAAAAAGUGGUCU